GUCCUUCGGAGAACGCUUCGCUUGCAAAAUAGGGGAAGGACGGUGACAGCUUCGCGAGAUCUCUUUCCAGCCGGAGCGGGAUCUGGCCUGAGCUGUGAAGUAGGAAUCCAAGCAGCACUUUAUAGCAUGACAAAGUAUGGUGCGUGCGCCUGAGGAAGUGAGCCGACCUGUGGAAACUUCUGCUGAAAGAAACGCUUAUUGUGACAAGAGGGUAACGACCAUCUGCCAGCUAGCACAAUGGACAUCCUCAACAGGAACAUUAAUUUUGAUGCCAUCUUCAAAUUCUCCCACAUCUCCACAUCAACCCAGCAGCACCUGAAGAAGGUCUAUGCUACCUUUGCACUAUGCAUGUUUGUAGCAGCAGCUGGUGCCUACGUCAACCUGGCAACUCAGCUGGUGCAGUUUGGCCUGCUUACCAGUCUGGGAUCUCUUGGCCUUAUGAUCUGGCUGAUGGCCACACCCCACAGCCGGAAAACAGAACAGAAACGAUUGGGCAUGUUGGCAGGCUUUGCCUUCCUCUCUGGAGUUAACCUGGGACCUUUGCUGAAGAUGAUCAUCGCCAUCAACCCCAGCAUCAUCCCGACUGCUUUCCUGGGCACAGCUGUGAUCUUCAGUUGCUUCUCCCUGAGCGCCCUCUUUGCUAAGCGUCGUGCCUACCUGUACCUGGGAGGGUUUCUGUUCUCUGGCCUCUUCCUGAUGGUCUUUCUCUCCCUGAUCAAUAUGUUUCUGAGCUCAACUUGGCUUUUCACGGCUAACCUCUACAUUGGACUCAUGGUCAUGUGUGGCUUCGUGCUGUUUGACACUCAGCUUAUCAUUGAGAAGGCUGAGAGGGGUGACAGUGACUACAUUUGGCACUGUGUGGAUCUCUUCCUGGAUUUUAUCAGCAUCUUCCGAGAGCUUAUGACCAUCAUGGGCAUGAAUGAGAACAACAGGAAGAAGAAAGAGAAGUGAAGGAACAGUGGAUACCUGUUCGGAGUCCCCAUUUCUCCCUCCACCCCUUUCCUCUUUCUUGCUUCCAUUCAACCCGACCUGUAUUAAAGGUGCCCUCAUUGUUUGGUGUGAAUGAGAUCUGUGACAAUUUCAUAAUUUGUAGAAACUGGAUUUUUUUUCCCUUGGGUUUUGAGCUUUUUUAAAAAAAGAAAAAACGUAACUGGCUGAUCCUCAUGCUGGAGUCUGGCUUUGCCCCUCUGCUGUACCAACAUGCAGACACUUCAGGGACUCUCAUUCAUGCCCCUGCUGCUUUAGUUGGCACUGGAUAGUUUCAGCCCCCCCUUCUUCCUCUCUGCACCUAAUUGCCACGAGAGCAGGGCAGGAGUAGGGCAAGAGCAGACCUUGCUGCAGCCGGAGAGUUUAUUCAACCACUGAAAAUCAACCCUUGCUCCCAAACAAAUCAAGCUGGUUUGCAUGGCUGUCCACAAAGACUGGCGUUGCUUAAGCAGCUUCCCUGCCAAGCUCUGCAGGAUGGAGAAGCAAAGCCCCAGCAGCUGAUCAGAACGGACUCUCUUGGCAGCCCAUCAGGACUGGGAGAUAGCGCUUACCUGUUUUAGUAUUGUUCUGCUGUUGGGGAUCAACCCACGCCCCAAAAAGAAAAACACAACAACAAAACAACACUUUGUGCAGUUGAGACGGGGCUGUCACAUUCAUUCUGACCGAAUUGAAUCCCGAAUGUUUCAGGCCUUCAGAUUCAAACACUUUUGAGUUGCUCUUCAGUUGGGAUUCUGGGAUUCAAGCCCAGCAGAAGUCAGGGGACAGCAGUGAAGCUUGCUGAAAGCAUGAGAUUUGGCAUCUUACUGCUGCUUUUGUUGUUGGCAAUUGGGAGCACAACUUUGGGAGUGAACCAUGAGGGUAGGAAGCAGCUGAUCACUAUAUAGUGUAUUCUGCAUACAGGUAAGAUCUGCACCAUCAGCAUUAGUUCAGCUCUGUGCACAAGCCCAUUAAGUAAUCUUCAGAAAGUUUUCUUGGCAGGGAGGCAGCUCCUGUUUCUUUUUGCCCCUUGGCACACGAAGCCAGACUCCAACUCUGCUUGCUUGGGAUAAUGAGGUUUUUCUUUCUCUUCUCCCUCCCCUCCCCCCCCCCACCUUUACCCCUGGACCAGUGCCAAGAAUUCUUCAAGAAAUCUACUUUAUAGAGACCUUGUCUAACAGGUUUUAAUAUAGUAAUGAGUAAACUCUGUCGUAAUUGGAUUUCCAGUUCUGUCUGCAUUCUUUACUCAUACUGUGAAGAGACAGGGUUUUAAACGAAAAGGUGUUUGAUUCAGAAAUAUAUCUACAUUGUCUUACUUUGUACAAAAAUUAAAAUAAAUAUCCUCAAACUUUAA